AUGGAGAGCACAAGUUUGUUAGAAUUAGCAGGACAUUUCAACGACAAAUUAUCAACUUUAAAAACAGUUUGUGAACUGCGUAAAUCUGGCCAGGAUGGGGAGUGUAAUCAACAUCUAGUUACUAUAGCAACAGAAUUAGAGAGUCUGGAGUUAACAAUGUCCAUGUUAAAACAGGAAGUGAAGAAACAGAAACAAGAAUUAAAGUCUGUACAGGAUAUGAGAGGUAAUUUUGAGAAGUUGAUAAAAGACUUAAUUUAUACUAGUAAUAAUAUUCCAGCUAGAUUACCUGGUACCAAUAGAUCUACUAAAAACACUGUUAGUAAUAAUAAUGAAGUUACUAUAAAAGAUGAAGUUGUUAAAAAACCUGCCAGUAAAAAACAACAUUGUCCUCUUAUAGAGUAUCUCACUGUAGAGGAAUUUGAAGAUGUUCCGAAAUAUAUGAAAGGUCGGGUGAUGUAUAAUCAAGUUAACACAUUACUAGAUGAACUAAAUAAAACAUUUACAGCUAAAUAUAAAAUAGUUCAUCAGAAACGAUCUACUAUGAAUGAUUUAGCCAGAAAGAGAAACGAGAAUUAUAAAUCUCAACAGACUAAAGAUACUGAAGGUGUAUAUUUUGUGGUAGAAGCUGAUAUAAAAGAUUUCUCGACUAUAAAACUAGAUGCUGUAACGAGAGCUAUUUUAACAAUUUUACGACAUUGUGGUCGAAUACGAGAAAUACGAGGUGGAAAAUUAACCAGAUACGCCAUUAUAGAAUCUUAUUAA